AUUUCAAAAGAAGCACAAGACGAUGAAAUUGCUCUCCAUUUUGAUUGCUGGCCACGUUUUAAGUGCGUUGGUCCUAGCGGCGCCCACAGACGAGGAUGCUCUCUACCAGGACACUCCCUACAUCAAGAAGCUACUGCGUCAAGCCAAAGCUGCUGAGAUCGAGAGCUUUUUGGACCAGAAGACGGAUUCGUGCAAGGAUUUCUACACAUUCUCCUGUGGCAACUACAAACGCAUCAACUCGGCUUUGAGCUCGCAGAUGGACAGCACCGGAUUAUUCGAGACUUUGACCAAAGGUCUCAACCGAAAGAUACUGAAGAUACUCAGCACACCCCACGAUGCACACGACACUCCGGAUUACAUUCAGGUGAAGCACUUCUACGAGUCCUGCCUCCGGAUUACGGAGCUCAACUACAACGAAAGUAGAGAACUCUCCGAAAAUGCUGCCAGAGCUCUGUUUGCCCUACACCAAGAAGUUCUUCGCCAAGAACCUGGACAAUAUGAUUUACCGACGAUACGAAAACGACAAGUCCUUUAAAGAAAUUGACAACAUGUGGCAUCAAUUGAAGUCCACUUUUAGGGAGGCCUUGCUAUCCAGUCCGAAACUAAACUGGAUCGAGCGAUCCACUCGAAAUCUUACCAUCGCUAAGUUGGAGGCUAUGAGACUGGAGCUCAACAACUACUCUAAGGAAAACUUUACCGAGGACUUUGCGGGCCUCAAUUUUCAAACCGCAGACAAUGUGGAAAAUCUGCGUCAGUUUCUGGAGCUGCGUGCAAAGCAAAUGCGGCAACUGCUUCACCAGCCGCCGAAAUCACUUGAAUUUGUCAAAUUGUUAAGCUUCAGCCCGGCCAACAACCUGAUAGAGAACACCAUCAAGAUUCCGGUUGCCCUGCUACAGCCCUUCUACAUUUGGUCCGAUGUCUACCCCAAUGCGGUUAAGUUCGGAACCCUGGCCUUCCUAAUUGGAUACCUAAUUAAUACACGGAUUCGACGACAGCGGACGGAAGCUUGAUGACAAGGGAAUUCCGACGGAUUGGUGAGAUGAGAAGUCCAGCAGCAACUUCCUGAAACGAAGGGAAUGCUUCACCAGGCAGUACGGCCGGUAUGUGUACGAUGGAAUCCAGCUGAAGGAGUCAACCGAGCAGGCGGAGAACAUUGCGGACAAUGGGGGAACAAGGCUGGCCUACGCAGCCUAUCGGAAAUGGUUCGAGUCCCAAAUGACAAAUAGCUCGAGUGUCAAUCAGGUCCUGGCCAAG